AUGCUUACAGAUAUCAGGCAUUCCCUUCGCAGGUCGUAUCCUUCAUUAAAUCCAUGUUAUCUAAGCAAACUGUGGACGCCUAUCUCUGGUCGCAUGCGGCACCUCAAGCGCAGUUUGGCCAUAACGCCGAAUUCCUGUGACGGUUUGCUUAUCCGUAUGCUCAGCUCCCUGAUUGGCAGACCCCCAAAGUUGUACUGGUUUAUUCGAAACGGACAUCAUUCACUGACAACGUCUUCGCUUAAUUUCCGUAAACCCCCGACCUCCAUUUGCCUCAUUGCGAUUCCUUUUUCUCCGGGUAGCGAUAAAUCCUUGAUCAAGACGUCUCAUUUUUACUGGUCUUGCUCAAUUCUUGUUUUCCCGGAGUUUGCUUAA